GGCAGUACAUUUCCAGAUACGACCUAUACCUGUCUUCGCCAAUGUUCAGAUCAGCCAUUGUCGCUAGAACGGCCUUCCGGGCUUACUCAACAGCUGCCCCAGCUGCUGGUUCGCCUGUUCUUCUGCAAAUCAGAAAUGACAUGAAGGCAGCCAUGCGAGCAAAGGAUACCUAUAAGUUGGCCGUCCUGAAAGGUGUUCUUGCUGACGUGACGAACGCAUCAAAAACGGCAAAGCCCAUCGAGACCGACUCUGCUGUCUUCGCCCUCCUGCAACAGUCCAUUCUUAAGCGUCAAGAGUCAGCGGCAGAGUUCCGCAAGCAUGAGCGUACUGAUCUUGCCGAGAAGGAAGAAUCCGAAGCGUCGGUUCUCAAGGCAUACUUACCUGAACAGAUGGAGGAAGGUGAACUGACUGCCUUGAUUAUUGAUGUCUGCAACAAGAUCCAGGCAGGGCCUAAGGAUAUGGGGAAGGUGAUGAAAGAGGUAGCAAACCUCGUUACUGAUGCGCAGGCACCGAAAAAGCUCGUCUCCGAAUUGGUCCGUAAGACUUUGAGCAGUGGAACCUCAUCCGCAUAAUAUUACGGAGGACACUUGUAUUUGCGGGACGAAGGGUAUCGAAAACAUACAAUUUCUCACGGUCCGCAGCACUCAUUACCGUCUAAGAUUACCAACAGAUAAUAUGCAUCACGGAUAUCUCACCUAUAUCUUAUUGUAAUACUAUUCUCGAAUACGCUAUGUGCUUACGAUACCCUCG